AGUUCAUCUUGGACGAUAAAGAUGGCUGACCCAAAAUAUGCUAAUCUUCCUGGGAUUGACCUCAACUCUCCAGAUGUCUUUGAGACGAAUGAGCUGCCUGAAGAUGACCAGGCUAUUCAUAAAGAUGCCACAGAUUUAAGUCCUGACUGUGUAGAGAAGUUGCCUAUAGACACCAAGGCUGCCCACGGUGUUUUCAAGGGGAAAGAGGCCAGCUCUUCUGGCAUAGACUUCUCGGACAGGAUCAGUAAGUCACGGCGCACUGGCUACGACGUUCAUCAGGCUGAAUAUGAAAUACUGGAACAGGGGUCAACGGCCAGGGAAACUCCUCAGCAGAAGUACCAACGCCUACAACAUGAGAUCCGUGAGCUUGCAGAGGAGGUGAACAAGAUCAAGGACACUGUGAAGGAUGAGAAGUCCACGGAGAAGCUGUCGCCAGUGCAGAUGGGGAAGCAGCUGGAGUACCUGCAACACCAGCUUGUGGACCUCCACCUGGAGAAGCUCCUGGGACCUGAGGCGUCCGUGGAUCUCUCCGACCCUCAGGGAGCGCUCAGAAAGCGUUUAAUGAGUCAGAUUGAUGCAUACAAGCCUGUUCAGGCAGCCAAGAAUGUGCCAGCCAAUCAGCAAGGAGGACCAGAUCAUGUGACUUAUGAGCUGUACUACAGACCUGAGCAAGCUCAGUUCAGUAAAAAUGCUCGGAUGGCAAGUCUAGAAGAGAGGCUGGAACGUCUGGAAGCUGUCCUAGGACAAAAUGGAGAUAAGAUGACACUGCUGACAAAUGACACUGACAACAAGAGCGUUGUGGGAGCCGUGAGUGUCCUCAACUCCAAACUGUCGCUGCUGGAGCAGAGUAACCUGGAACAGGUGGACAUCCGCUUACAGAGCGUGCUGCAGAAACUCACACAGAUAGCAGAGAAGAAGGCCUCACAGGAAGACGUGGAAAAACAGAAAAAGGUGUCCGAGUUAUACGAGCUAGUCACGAAGUGGGAGAGUGUUGCUGAUUCUCUUCCCCAAGUAGUUGACAGGAUGGUGGCUCUCAAAGAUCUCCAUGAACAAGCUCUACAGUUCAGCCAGGCCUUAACCCACCUGGACACAUCUCAGCAGGAGAUCAAUGGCAGUCUCAAGGCCCAUACAGACAUGCUGGCACAGCUCCAGACAACGUUCAAGCAGAACACCGACGCCAUUAAGAAGAACUGCGAAAGUCUAGAAGGCCGAAUAAAGACCCUGCAGAAGUAAUGGAAUGCUGACCAUGACGUUGUCUUAUUUAUUGAUGUGCAAUCUUCUCCUUCAUCUUUCAUGCCACUGGUUUGGAAGGGGUUUGUUACAGUUUGAUACAGAUAUGUAUGAAGAAGGCCGAUUUCUUGGAUCAGUUAAGGAUGAAUUAAGCCUAUUUAAACUAGGCUUAAAAGAAUAAAAGUCUUGGUUCUCAAGCACCACCCGCAUCAUCAUAGAGUCUGCUGCAUGUUUCAAUUUUAUUUCCA